AUGCUGGAUGCCGGAUCGAGAAGGGUCCCGGGAUGGCUGAGGCUGUUGGCCGGCCUAAGUCUGCUUCUCUGCCUGGUGGGGGAGACAGGGGCCAAGAGGGUCCCCAAAAUCCCCCGCUGUCCUGUCACCUGCUCCUGCACCAAAGACAGUGCCUUCUGUGUGGAUACCAAGGCUAUCCCCAAGAGCUUUCCCCCUGGGAUCAUCUCUCUGACAAUGGUGAAUGCAGCCUUCACUACAAUCCCAGAGGGAGCCUUCUCCCACCUGCACCUGCUGCAGUUCCUUCUUCUGAACUCCAAUACCUUCACUGUGGUGGCUGAUGAUGCCUUUGCAGGUCUGUCACACCUGCAAUACCUAUUUGUAGAGAACAAUGAUGUCCAAGCCCUGUCAAAGCAUACCUUCAGAGGGCUUAAAUCCUUGACUCACCUUUCUCUGUCAAAUAAUAACCUGCAGUUCCUUCCACGAGAACUCUUCAAAUAUCUUGAUAUUUUGACAGACUUAGACCUGCGGGGUAACUCGUUCCGCUGUGACUGUAAAAUCAAGUGGCUGGUGGACUGGAUGGAGAAGACCAACACCUCUGUCCCUGCCAUCUACUGUGCCAGCCCAUUUGAGUUCCAAGGCCGCAGAAUCCAUGAUCUCACCCCACGAGACUUCAACUGUAUCAGCGCAGACUUUGCAGUUUAUGAGACUUUUCCCUUCCAGUCUGUGUCAGUGGAGACCUAUGAAUUCAACAACAAUCAGUUUGUGGCCUUCGCCCAGCCUGAUACUGGGUUCUGUACACUGUUUGUAUGGGAUCAUGUGGAAAUGGUCUUCCGGAGGUACCAUAAUAUAACAGCUCGCUCCGCUGUCUACUGCAAGCCUGUGGUCAUAAACAACACUCUUUACAUGGUUGUGGCUCAACUUUUUGGAGGAUCCCACAUCUACAAGUGGGAAGAGGACCCACAGCGAUUUGUGAAGAUCCAGGACAUUGACACCACACGUGUGAGGAAACCCAACUUUGUUGAGACCUUCCAGCUGGAUGAUGAGUGGUACUUUGCCGUGGCAGACAGUUCCAAGGCAGGCUCUACGAGCAUAUACCGCUGGAACAGCAACGGUUUCUACUCCCACCAAUCCCUUCAUCCCUGGCAUCGUGACACCCAUGUGGAGUUCCUAGAUGUGGAAGGGAAGCAGCGUCUCAUUCUCUCCAGUGCCUCCCAGCCCCCAGUGGUUUACCAGUGGAACCGCAGCCUGCGCCAGUUUGCCUUUCAUUCCCAAAUCACUGAGACUUUCGACGUGCAGAUGGUCAAGCAUUUCUGGGUGCGCAACGUUCUCUACCUUUGCCUUACACGCUUCAUUGGUGACUCCAAGAUUCUCCGAUGGGAAGGGCAGCGCUAUGUUGAGAUUCAGACCCUGCCCUCACGUGGCUCCAUGGCUGUGUAUCCAUUCACUGUGGGUCCCCGUCAGUAUCUUCUCCUAGGGAGUGAUUUCUCCUUCUCUCGAGUUUACCUGUGGGAUGACCUCACCCAGCACUUCCAGCCCUUCCAGGAGCUCAACAUGAGAGCACCCCGGGCCUUCAGCUUGGUGUCAGUGGACAACAAAGACAUGCUGCUGGCAGCCAGCUUUAAAGGCAACACCCUAGCCUACCAGCACCUAAUAGUGGAUCUCAGUGCCAAAUAGACCAAUCCAGCCGAAUCUACAG